AUGCAACAAGAGAAUCCGGGGGCUCCAAGCUCGGAGGAGACCCGCAGGGACCAGGAGGUUGCCUUGAAGGCAAUUCGUACGUUCCUCCAGAGCAAGAAUUCCUUUGAUGUUCUUCCGGUGUCGUACCGGCUGAUUGUUUUUGAGACUUCGUUGCUGGUGAAACGAGCACUAAAUAUUUUGCUACAGAACAGCAUUGUUUCCGCCCCAUUAUGGAAUAGCAAAACUUCAAAGUUUGCGGGACUGCUCACCUCCACCGAUUUCAUCAACGUGAUCCAGUACUACUCUCAAAACCCAGACCAAUUUCAGUUUGUGGAUAAUUUGACACUCGAUGGUUUGCGCGAUGUCGAGAGGAAAUUGAAUGUUCCGCAACUAGAAACAAUCUCUAUCCAUCCGUUCAAGUCACUGUAUGAAGCGUGUGUGAAGAUGAUUGAGAGCUCUGCGAGACGGAUUCCCUUGAUCGAUAAGGACGAGAAAACAAAUAGAGAGAUUGUUGUGUCUGUGCUCACGCAAUACCGGAUCCUCAAGUUUGUGAGCAUGAAUUGCAAAGAGGCCCAUAUGCUGCUGCAGCCGCUAAGCGAGCUCAACAUUGGAACAACCGAGAACUUGUCAGCCGUUAGAAUGGAAACCCCGGUGAUGGAUGUCAUCCAUAUGCUGAUUUCGAACUCUGUGAGCUCGGUUCCGAUCGUUGACGAGCAAAAUAAGCUGGUAAACGUCUACGAGGCCGUGGACGUUCUUUCGCUAAUCAAAGGUGGAAUGUAUGCAGAUCUGUCGCUGAGCGUGGGCGAGGCACUCAUGAAACGAUCUGACGAUUUCGAGGGAGUGUACACCUGCACGCUGAAGGACAACCUGUGUGUGAUUCUAGAGACAAUUCGCAAAUCUCGUCUUCACCGCCUGUUCCUUGUGGACGAUGAAGGCCGCUUGGUCGGGGUGCUCACCUUGAGCGACAUCCUUAAGUACAUUUUGUUUGCAUGA